AUUUUGCAGUUUCAGUGUCAUGAAAAACAGUGUAAUUUUUUCAAUAGUAUAUUAUUAGGUGCCUAAUGUAGGCUUUCCUUUUCUGAAUGGGCAAAUUGCUUAUAUACCCACUUUCGCAAACCAUUUUGCAAACAUACCACUUGGUGUACCCGGAUUACUACUGUUCCACUAGAAACUUCUUCGUUUUUUUCACCCUCUACCACUCAUUCAUCUCCUGUCACCGCCCCCUUUUCCUUUUGUGGUGGGUAGGCCAGGGGAGUGAGGCGAUUCUGGCCAUGUCCUUCCUCCGUCACCACGUCCGCACCAGUCCCUGGAAUCCAUUCCUCUCGAGUUGUCUUCCUCCCCUUUUGCCACUCUUGUUCUCCUGGUUCUGCCCCUGCAGGCCUUGUCAACAUGGUCGCUGCUGUGUCCUUCCUCUGGCAGCAACCCGUCUUCUUCACAGCUGCUUCUCUCUGCCGCUGCAGCUCCACAGCAAAUCAUGAAUCUGUGUUUUGCCAAGGGGAUUGGCGAUGAGUCCAGCACAUUGUGAAUGACAUGCUGCAGCUGCUGUUUCAUGCUUCGGGGUUCGGGCUGCGCUUGAUCUGGCUGUGGUGGUGGCAGGAGAGACAUCUUUGUCAGGGAUGGCCUGAUCCGCCAGUGGCGGUGGCAGGGGAUGAGGGUCUUGUGGAGGCACUUUAUUUUUGCAUUCCAUUCAGGGAGCAGUUACUGGAAUAUUACGCAAAUAACAAAAAUCCAGGAGACGCAGAGGAAAAUCUUUUGACUUGUUUGGCUGACCUUUUUAUGCAGAUAAGCCAAGCAAAGAAAAAAACUGGUGUCAUUGCUCCAAAACGUUUUGUUCAGAGAGUGAAGAAACAGAAUGAGUUGUUUCGCAGCUACAUGCACCAGGACGCACACGAGUUCUUAAAUUUCCUGUUGAAUGAACUUGUUGAUAUUCUGGAAAAGGAGUCUAGUGCUGCGAAGGACUCCCCCCAAUCAUCUCCUGAAAAAGCUCCAAAUGGUCCAGUUCAACCUUUAGCCAAUGGAGUUAAAAAGGAGCCACCAGUUACCCUGGUCCAUAAGAAUUUUCAGGGCAUACUGACGAACGAGACAAGAUGCUUAAGAUGCGAAACAGUAACUGCAAGAGAUGAAACAUUUCUUGAUCUCAGUGUUGACAUUGAACAAAAUAGUUCUAUUACAAGCUGCCUGAAAAACUUCUGCUCUACAGAGACUCUAAAUGCAGAAGACAAAUUCUUCUGUGACAAAUGCUGCAGUUUGCAAGAAGCACAGAAGAGAAUGAAGAUCAAGAAGGCUCCCCACAUAUUGGUGAUCCACCUAAAGCGCUUCAAGUACAUUGAGCAGCUUGGCAGGUAUAAGAAGCUUUCAUACCGGGUGGUAUUCCCCAUGGAGUUGAAGCUCAGUAAUACAUCCGAUGACGUAGACACCGAGUACUCCCUCUUCGCUGUCGUGGUCCAUGUCGGAAGUGGCCCCAACCAUGGGCAUUAUGUGAGCCUCGUCAAAAGCCACAACCACUGGUUGUUCUUUGAUGACGAAAACGUGGAGAUGGUUGAGGAGCAGACCCUGCAAACGUUCUUCGGUUCCUCACAUGAAUACUCAGGCAACACAGACCAUGGGUACAUCUUGUUUUACGAGGGCCUUGGUGGGAAGAGUUAGAUUGUUUUUCUUGGCCUUCCCUGUUCCUUUUCACCCUUUCUCUUUGGAGCAUGCAAGUUCACUCUUGUACCUACACAGCUACUAUUUCAUUACCUCCAUGGAAAAUCGCCAAUCGAAGAGGUUGUAUGACAUGAGGACGCCAGAUUUUGGGUGGUUUCAGUGUACAGGGGAUAAUAGAAUCUUGCUCCCAGGGAUGCAAUAAGGUGUAAAUUGUUUAAGUGCGCCUAACCAGUUUCCUCUCAGGAGUAACAUCUUUUUGUUAAAGAAUGGAACAUUGCUAUUUCUAGGUCAGAAGCUUGGACGCACUUCGCAGUUGUGAUGACUUUGGGUUCUGGAAGCAUGUUACAUGUUUGGGUUUGUUAGCUUUGGUCAGUAAAGACUGGGCGUCAGAAUCUUGUUUUACAUGUUACAUCUUGUUGUAUGUACCGCUUCAGACCAACAAUGCUCUUCAGGUGGGGAAACGCUGCUCUCGUGUAACAGUCUGUUAAUUUGUAAUUUCCAUUCGUCGUC